AAAAAAUCAUUUGAAACCUUUCGUUCGACCCCAAAUCGUGACACCACGAUGGAGAAGUUCGGCUCCUCCACAACGCCGUUCCUCCAGCCGCCUCCACGGCCUCCGCCGGCGUCGGAGCCCUACUACGGCAUCCCGGCGCCGAUCUACGACCCCUCUCCCCCCACCUACAUCCUUCUCCCUGUCUUCCCCCGUCGCCGGCGCCGCCCGUGUCGCUGGUGCGGCUCGCUUCUCUCCUCUUCCUGUCUCCUCUCCCUCGCCUUCGUAUCCGUUCUCCUCGCUGGCUCUCUCUUCUUCCUCUGGCCCUCCGAUCCGGAGAUCUCCGUCGCCCGUCUCCGCCUCAACCGCAUCCAUGUCUUCCCCCAACCCAUCGUCAGGCUGGACAUCUCCAUCGGCCUUGAGAUCAAGGUUCGGAACCGGGAUUUUUUCUCUCUCGACUACGACAGUGUCGUCGCCUCGAUUGGGUAUCGAGGGCGGAGGCUCGGGUCGGUGAUAUCAAAGGGUGGGCAUUUGGUGGCGCGCGGAGUGUCGUAUGUCGACGCGGAGCUCCAUCUGGAUGGGAUUCGUGUUCUGAAUGAUGUCUUUUAUCUCAUUGAAGACCUCGCCAGGGGUUCCAUUCCUCUUGACACUGUUACUGAGAUCGAAGGCCAGCUUCACCUCUUCUCCCUUGAUGUCCCAAUUCAGGGAAGAAUCUCCUGUGCAGUGCAUGUAAAUCCUGAAAAUCAAACUAUCAUUCAUCAGGGUUGUUAUCCUGAGUGAUGGUAGAGAGAGACCGUGGAUGAUUGUUCCUUGCUAUGGUCAAAAUGAUAUAGGUAAAUCUUGAUGUUUGGAGUGCUGAUAAAUUUGAAAUUUACCUAUGUGAAUAAAGAUUGUUGUAAAUUUACUACUAGAAUUGGCCUUAUCUUGUCUUUAUUUUGGUUGAUCUGGUUUGCAUAUAGUUAUCAGACUUUGCCUCCUAUAAAUAUAAAUAGUUUGGUUAUCAAUUAUCAUA